CACGCAGGUGUUCUACUUCCAAGUUUCCCGUGGUAGCACCUAGUGUAGGGCGUCUCGUCGGACGACACGUCGGUCGACACCUCGGACGACACGCGAUGCGUUGUGUCGAUUCCCUCAAUGGAACAUCUACGCCUAGCGACGUCGCCGUUCAGCUACUACCGCUGCUGCUCCCCCCACAUUUGCCCCCACCGCUUCCAGAACACGCUGCUUCCGUCCCCCCUUACGCGCAAACAAUGCUUCCGCCAGCCAUGCUAUCUCGCGUACCGCGCGCGGCGGCAAGGCCGGGGGGCGGAGAACGCUGCGCCGGUGGGUGUAGCCGCGAGAGCGGUGCCUGGUGACAGAGAGGGGCAUGUGGGAGGGCACGUGGGAGGGCACGUGGCGGAAGAGAGGCAGAGGGUACACUCUCAGGACGGCAGCGUGGAGCGCAACGAUAGUGGCAGCAGCGGGCCCCUGGUGAAGCCAUCCCCAGAGUUGUCAGUGCAUGAAGCAGUGCGGCAGCAGAUGGCAGCGCUGGCCUGCAACGACUCCCCACGCACCGACCAUGGGCUAGAGGUGCUCUAUUACUUCGCGAAUGCUGAAGGAACGCUGGCAAAUCCCUCUACCAUCUCCUCUUCCGCCUCCUCCUCCUCUUCCCCUCUCCCGUGCUACUUCGGGUUUGCAGCAGACCUCUACCACUUUGGCCAUUUCGCCCUCAAGUUCAAAACAAGGUACCGCCGGCUGCUGAACCACAGUGGGGCCCGCGUGCUCUCCUCGCGCCCCCUCAACCGUGAGGGCACGUGCGUGGAGUGCAGGAUCGCUGUGCGAGUAGCGGAUGUGAUUAAACCGAAGGGGGGAGUGUUUGAAGUGGAUGGGAGGGAGAGGGAGAGGAGGAAAGGGAGAGUGGAGGAAGGAGAGGAAGAGAGGGAAGCGGGAGUGGAGGAAGGGGAGGAGGAGUGGGUGAUGCGGUUAUCACAUGUCCCUAGGGGUAUUCAGCCGCCGUGCUGGCUCGUAGAUUCCCUCCUGCCUUUCAGCAGUAGCCAUGGAGUAAAUGACUUGCACUUCAGCAGUAGCCAGCAGUAGCCAUGGAGUAUAAAACAUGGAGUAAGUCCGGUCCGGUCCGGUGUGCUUGCUGGGUGCUCUGCUCUUGUGUGUAUGGGAGUGAAUGACUCGCACUUCCAGCACCAUCACCACUGCACUUCCAGUACCCUGAAGUAACGGGGUGUUAUGAAGUAACUCAGAAGCUGUGAGCACUGGGCACAGAGCACCACGUUCCCAUUCAACACGCUUACUGUCAAGAGACCCACUGGGGUCGCCCUAGAAGAUCUUUGGAAGGGCCACAGGUUGCUAUGCCUAGGGGCCUUGUCAAAUCAGAUAUUUAUAUAUAUAUUUGUGUAGGCUUGGUAGUUGUGCUAUAUUGCUGGAUCCUACUGUAGAGGGGACAACCCCCCCUUCUUGUAUCUCCUCUUUCCUAG